AUGAUCCCCUCACAAUCAUUCGAGUGCCUCUACCGCGUACCUACACCAAGAAACCAACCUCGCUUCCAGCAAAGAAGACCACGAAAUGAAGUCAACCCUCUCUACUUCUGGCCUGCUUUCCGCCAGUACCGCAACCGACAAGCACACAAAGACACCCAGAAGGACAAGGGUGGUGUUUGGAGGAGACCUGAGCUUGAGGAUGCUUUUGUUGACUCCGUUCUUCUCAUGCCUCACAUGGGACGUCGCAAGUUCUCCAUGGGAGGAAAGCUACAUGGGCGCAACAUGCUUAUUAGCGAAUACAUCUUCACAAUCUGUGUUGCCAUUCUUGGCAGC